AUGGGCAAGGCGGCAGGCGAAGCGGCCUACUUCCAGAGGGGCAGUCUGUUCUGGUUCACGCUCAUCACCUUCUCCAUGGGCUUCUACACGUGGGCUGUCUUCUGGCCUGAGAGUAUUCCCUAUCAGAACCUUGGUCCCCUGGGUCCCUUCACUCAGUACUUGGUGGACCACCAUCAGACCCUCCUGCGCAAUGGGUAUUGGCUUGCCUGGCUGAUUCAUGUGGGGGAGUCCUUGUAUGCCAUGGUGUUAUGCAAGUCUAAAGGCAUCACAAAUGGUCGAGCGCGGCUGCUCUGGUUCACACAGACUUUCGUCUUUGGAAUAGCCUCUCUCUCAAUCUUGAUUGCUUACAAACCAAAGCGCCAAAAGCAAUCUUAA